UCAGUGCUGUUGAAGUGCAAGCCUGACCCAGGGCUUUACCAUUCCAAACCGUGCCAAACCGAAACUGUACCGUGAUGGAGACACAGCAAACAUUGCUGUUGAAAGGACGGCUGACUCACUUCAUCCAGGCUGUGGGCUUUUACACCGAGGUGACAGAACAAGAGGAGAAGAGCGAGGAGGCAGCAGCGUCACACACCAGCUCUGCAGUGAUUUGUGAGGUUUCUAGUCUUUUGCAUGAACAUCCCACCAUGUCCUCAGUGACUGAAUGAGGAUUGUAGAUGCUCUUGUUGUCACUGCAAAGAGGAGAGCAGAGAUUGUGACUGUAUUUUGUGGGGUCUCUGUCGCUUUAAGCUGACUGGUUGUUGCUGCAGAGUGUGUGGGUGCUGCAGUGGAGGCGGAGAGAGGGAGAGAGAACGAGAGAGAGGAUGAGGCAGCAUUGAUAACACAGACAGUUAGAGAGGCAGAAGUAGCAGCACAGCGGACAAUCGGGGCUCAUGACUGCACACUGACGUGCAAGGAAGAUCAGUCAGGUGCAGACAACAGGAGAGAAGAGUGAAGACGAGCGAGAGGUGAGAGCAUUAGGGAGUGUGUGAGGAGUACAGGUGGAGGGGUGGCAGAGCGAGAGGAGAGGGGGCUGUUUAUUCGGAGCGUGGCACCGGUGGCAGAGUGGCUGCGCUGGGAUGGCCGAGUGGGGAACUGGGGGGGUUGGCGCUGGAGCAGUCCUCAGCGGGACAGGGCCAGCCGGGGCCAGGACAAGAGAGCCAGCGAGGGCUACGCUCACAGGACUGUGCCUGCUGGAUGGUGCCACCAUGCUGCACCCAUGGCACAGAUAGCACCUCUCGCCCCGGGGCGGGGGGAUGCAACGGGGGAAGCAGGGGUCGGGGUCAGGCCCAGGAGGGUUGAAGGCAUCAGGGUGAGCAGGACAUUCCUCGGGCAGGUCUCGCUGCAUCUCGGGGAGGUCAGAGGUGAUUCGGAAGGGGAAGUAAGCAGCGCCUGCUUCGGACAGGUCUCGCGGCGGCUGGGGCGGCUCCUCAAGAGGCUGCCCAAGUCCCGCUCCUGGAGUGACGGCCUGCGGAUCCUCAGACGAUCAUCCUCUAAUGGAUCUCUGCUCCCCACCUCAGACUGCAGCUACACCUGUCACCUGGAUUGUCAGCGUCAGGUUCAGCUGGACUGCAACCAGAAGGACAGACAGCCUGAAAAACCUCCAUCUACAACGAGCAGCCGCUCUGCCUCCUCCUCGUCAACCACUGCUCGCCUUAAGCAGAAUGAAGCAAAAGAGGAAGAGGAGGGAGGAACGAAGGACCUGUCGGCGGAAGAGGUGCAGACCAAGAUAGAAGAGUAUAACGCCCAAGUCAGUGAAACUGGCAUGAAACUGGCUUCAGACGGAUCCUACACAGGUUUCGUUAAGGUCCACCUGAGGCUCAGUCGACCAGUCACCGUCUCCUCCGUGGAGGCGCUUCAGAGGGAUUUAGAGGGAGCGGCCAGGCAGACGGGCAGCCAGGAUCAGGCACCUUUAGGAGACCAGGAAGGGACUGAGUGCGGGCAAAGUGAAAAGAAGACGUCCUUCUACCUACCAUGUGACUGUGUGAAGCACCUCCACAUCAGCUCUCUGAACACCACCAGAGACGUCAUCCAAAACCUGCUGAAGAAGUUCAUGGUGUUAGACAAUCCCCGCAAGUUUGCACUGUACGGGCUGACUCACCGCGACGGACAGGAUCUCUUCCAGAAGCUUCCUCUGUGCGAGCGUCCGCUUCUCCUGAGGUUGAUUGCAGGGCCGGACCCAGAGCAACUGACCUUUGUCCUGAAGGAAAAUGAGACGGGAGAGGUGCAGUGGCACGCCUUCUCUGUUCCCGAGCUCCAAAACUUCCUGGUAAUCCUGGGGAAAGAGGAGACGGAGCGUGUGCGGGCAGUGGAGCAAAAAUACGGCACGUAUCGGCAGAAACUACAACAGGCCCUGCAACAACAUGACCCCUGACCCCCACACCUGUCACUGUAUGACCUCAGACCAGGGAGCGACUGACCCUUUGAGUGCUGACCCCUCAAGAACCAGCGAUCUAUUCCGAGACUGGAGUCGGAGCUGAACUUGUCCCCCCCCCCCCACACACACACACACACACACACAGUCACAAACACACACAUUGUACAUCCACACACACAGAUAUGCAUAUACACUUUCUCAGGACACAUACCCCCCCCCCCUGCCCCCCACCCACCACGCUUUCCAUAUGUCCACUCCCGAUGGAAAGAAUCAGGGGUUGAAAACGACGACGUGAAAGUGCACGGGUGUGUGUGUGUGUGUGUGUGUGUGUGUGUGUGUGGCGGUCUCACUGACUGGACAUGCAGUGUUUUCAUUUGCCAAGGACACAAACAGAAGAGACCUCUGAACCUUCUGUGUGUGAGACCUGAGAUCUCAUGUGGGACUGAUGUGAAUCAAUGGUGUUUUUAACCAUAUAUCUCUUCUUCUGCUACUGCUGCUGCUACUGCAAGUGUUACUUAUGCAUGAGUGUCUCCGAGCUCAACCCUCUGCACAUAGAGUUAGACUAGAAACAGAAGGCAUGACGACUUUUUUUUCUGCAUCCCUUCGGGGUGGAAGGACAAUCAUACUGUGUUUCUCCUUUUUUUUUUUUAUUCUCUCUGACCUGAUGUAUUUGGGGUUGUUAUCACCAGAUGUUUUGAGGUUGUUGCUGGAGUGUAAUGGCACUUUUUACAUUAUACAGUUCCAGCUCUACUCGGAUCUACUAGACUCAGCUCGGGUUGGGUAUCAGACACGCCCCUUUUUGCCAUUAGUAACUCCUCAACAUGGGCGGGGCCGUCAUAUCAUGGCUGCGCGAAACUGCCAUGACGCCAACAAACAAGGACAUUGAGGCGAUGGUGUACUUGCUGCUCGGUCUGUGUACGGACGUGUAUUUUUGCAGACAGCAGUCAUGUGUGCUCGCUGUAACGCUCGUGCCAGCUUUAAACAAAAAUGGCAGGUUUGAUUCUUGUCACUCUACCAAUGACAAAGCGUCAGGCAUCAGCUUAGCUCACUUGGAACCUCACCAGAGCAGGUACCAAAAAAACUCACCAGGUACCAGGUACUAUUCCAGAGCCGAGUAGUGCUAGAACAGUAUACUGGAGAAGCCCCAUAAUGUGGAUUUGUGAGGGAGAAGUUCAGGGUCAGGGCUGGAGUACUGGACAUCAGUGCUUUCAAAUCAUGGAACAGGAAGGACAAGAAAGUGAGAUCCAUUCUCUGAUUUCUCUCAGGGAGCACGUGUCGAGCAAAGAAAAAGACGUAAAGCCUCCUUCACCCCGACUACACCUUCUUUUUUGCACACUUUUAUCAUGAGUCCACUCAAAAUGCCGUGUGUAGGAGUGGAGUGAAGAUGCUGUCAGGUUGAUCUUCAUUCUCUGUCCCUGCUCCUUCAAACAGGCGCACAAUCUUAAUCUCUUAUUAGAGUCGAUGAAACUGUGAUUACACAUCUCUCUCUCCCGAGUUCCCGAUUGAACCGACCUUGCAUGAUCUCCACCUGCGAGUGAAGGGACACAGUUCAAAGACCUUUUCAGAUUUUAUUACACUUUUACAGACACCGUCGUGGUAUGUGGGUUCUAUUUGAAUGUGAGAUAUGAUAUGAUAUUUUUUUACACCAAAGCUUAGAGGGACAGAUCUAUUGAGAGGAUUUUAAAGGGAAGAGAGACGUUUGAAAGUAUAUGGAUGUAAAAGAAGGUGUACGUUUUUAUCCGCUUCUGUUUUGCACAUAUUUGAUGCAGGUCCUCAAUUGAAUGGCCCUCAAUUCUGGGGCUGGGCAUGCAUAUUUGUUUUAGUUUUUCCUUCUAUUUAAUCGCCUUCCACGCAAAAAAAAAGUAAAAAAGGAGAAAAAAAGAAACUGAAAAUAUUUGAAACUCAUGAUAAUGGCUAGGAUGUAUUCUGUAGACACUGGAAACAGAGUGACAUGGUUUAACUUUGUUGUGAUUACAAAUAGUACUUUUCUUUUGGUAUCAUUCCUGCUGCUGUGUGUUUGCGCGUGCUUGUAUUUAUAUCUUUGUGAGCUCCAAAAAAUUUACAAACCUAUCUUUAUGAAGACAUUUUAACUGGGCCCCACAGCUGUAAUGUGCUUUUUCAGGCUUAAGACCUAGUUUUAGGGUAAGGGUUAAGGGUUUGUGGUGGUUAAGGUUAGGGUAAGGGGCUAGGGAAUGCAUUAUGUCAGUGAUGUGUCCUCACUAAGAUAUAAAAACGUGUGUGUGUGUGUGUGUGUGUGUCCAUACGUCCUUCUCGAGCAGUGAGGAAAAUGUGAAUGGUGUUCGUCUUGUGUGUCGUCAGCACUCCCUCGUUAGGCCUCACUCACCAAGUAUUUAAACAUAAACUGCAUCGAGUGCACAUACAAUGAAACGGGACAAUUCAUCAGAAUUACAUAUGAUGGGCUAACUGUACUCAGCAUGCUAUUUCAAUCCAAAAAAAAAUGAAUGCACUGAACCGUGAAGCAACAACUUUUCACUCGUCACGGCGACCCCGUCAUAUACGUGUUGCCAUGCACCUGCUGAUGAAUGAGGCCUGUUGUCCAUAAGCACAUGCUUCUCAGUCAACCAUCACCACGGGCUCUUCUGCAGUGCCUUUUGUUCCUUGUUCUCCUGAGUGAGGUGAGUUAUGGCAUUUGCAUUCUUCUCGCGUGGUGUCCUCAAGCCAUAAUUUGUGUCCUUGUGUUCACGUGUGUGUGUGUGUGUUAUUUAUUUCAUUGCUCACACCGUCCACUUGAUAUCAUGUCUAGGAUGUUGAGACUUAAUGCUUUUUUUCUUCUUUUUUUUUUUAGCUUUUCAUUUUUGUUUUAUUGAAAGAUGUGUGUAUAAAUAUAUCUGUAGAACUGUACAGAAUAUCAAAGUGAAAUAAUAAAAAAAAGGUCAUCCCUUAA